CAAUCCCAGAACUAAUCUCUUUCACUUGUCAUUUUGGUUUUGCUGGAAUUCUUCCAAUUCCAAUCCCAGCUCAGGAAUCCAAUGUUGGAUUCAAGGGUCCCACAAAAACCCACAGGAUCAGAUCUGACCGUCCCUCGAUCCGAUGGCAAUGAUGGCCUCUGUUCGCCUUCUCCUCAUCUGGGUUUUUGAUCGGCGACGAAGGGGUUUCGAUCGACCACGAUGCAGCUUCACUUCUCCCCUAGCAUGAGUAGCAUCACGAUAUCGAGCAGCAAUGGGUUGUUUGACUUGAUGAGGAUCAAGAUCGCAGCUCCCCACAUCUCUUAUCGGACGCUCUUCCACGCCAUCCUCAUCGUAACCUUCCUCCUCCCCUUUUUCUUCAUACUCACUGCCGUUGUCACCCUCGAAGGCGUCAAGAACUGCUCUUCCUUCGAUUGUUUGGGGAGGCGAUUGGGACCCAAGUUUCUUGGCAAGGCUGAUGAUUCGAUGAGGCUGGUUACAGAUUUGCACAAGAUCCUUGAUCAAGUAAAUACUGAGGAAAUUCCAGCUGGACUGGAACUGCCAGAAUCAUUCAGUGAAUUUGUUUCUGAAAUGAAGACUAACCAAUAUGAUGCCAAGACAUUUGCUGUUAAGCUAAAGGCAAUGGCACGUUACUUGCAGAUUGAGAAACUUGAGGAGGAGGUUAGGGAAUUGAAGCUGGCAGAGUUGAAAUACAAGCAUUUUGCAGCAACCAUUAUUCCAAAAGGCAUCCACUGUCUCUCUUUGCGCUUGACCAAUGAAUACUCAUCCAAUGCUCAUGCACGUAAACAGUUGCCGCCUCCAGAGUUACUAACUUUGCUCUCAGACAACUCCUAUUUCCAUUUUGUUCUGGCCAGUGAUAACAUCCUUGCAGCUUCUGUUGUUGUUACCUCAACAGUCAGGUCGUCUUCAAAACCUGAAAAGGUUGUUUUUCAUGUCAUCACUGACAAGAAGACUUAUGCGGGUAUGCAUUCAUGGUUUGCACUAAACCCUAUUUCCCCAGCCAUUAUUGAGGUGAAAAGUGUUCACCAGUUCGACUGGUUAGCAAGAGAAAAUGUUGUGUUUGAAGUCAUUGGGAAGCGGCACAUUAUGAGAUAUUACAACCAUGGAAGCCACACCACUGGAGCCAAUCGUGGUGAAAUUUCAAGGUCUUUUGCUUCUAAAUUGCAGCCAAGAAGUCCAAAAUAUAUCUUGUUACUCGACCAUAUCCGCAUGUACCUUCCAGAGUUCUUUCCUAAUCUUGACAAGGUGGUCCUUCUUGCUGAUGAUGUUGUGAUUCAGCGCGACCUGUCACCUCUGUGGGAGAUCAACCUUGGGGGCAAGGUAAAUGGAGCCAUAGAAACUUGUAAUGGCAAAGACGCAUGGGUAAUGUGUAAGCGCUUCAAGAAUUACUUCAAUUUUUCUCAUCCCCUCAUAGCAAAGAGUCUAAACCCUGAUGAAAAUACAUGGGCGUAUGGGAUGAAUGUUUUCGACUUGCAUGCUUGGAGGAAGAUGAGUAUUACAGACAUAUACCAUUACUGGCUGAGGGAGAAUCUCAACUCCAACAUGACAAUGUGGAAGCUUGGAACAUUACCUCCAGCACUGAUUACUUUCAGAGGCCACAUUCAUCCUAUUGACCCGUCUUGGCACAUCCUCAGCUUAGGCUAUCAAAAUAACACAGACCUCGAGCGUCUGCAACAAGCUGCUGUUAUCCACUAUAACGGUUACUCAAAGCCUUGGAUAGAGAUUGGCUUCAAUCAUCUUCGGCCAUUUUGGACCAAGUACAUCAACUCUUCCAACAACUUCAUAAGAAAUUGUCAUAUCAUGGAACCAUAGUAGAUGGACACCAAGCCCAAGGGCCAGAUGUUUUACGGUUAGUUUUGCAGCUAGUUUGGCAGCUUGAGAAUUUUCAUGAGAUUUGUUGAGGAAAACAAUGAAAUUGCAGUGUGUGUCUAGUCGACCUGGACCCUGCCCCACCAUAGGACCAAUUUUUAUUUUUUAUUUUUUAAUACCUGCAGCAUGAGGGAUCCUUUUCAUUCCAUCUGUAAAAUAGAAAUCCAUGUUAUCAUUCUGAAGAGUAAGUUUCCUAGCAUGGGGGAGUAUCUUCCUUACCCAAUUUUGUCCCUGCAUGGGGAGGGCUAGAUGUCAUGUGUUGUAAUGGUAUGUGGAAUCGGAGUCACUGCCAAUUGGAGUGGUGCAGAAGGAUGCAAGAACAACUUGGACCAAUCUUUUGUAAGGACUCUUAUUGUCUUAGGUUCACCAUUCAUCAUUUUAUUUUAUUUUUUUUCUGUAUUCUUUUGAUUAUUAUUAUUAUUUAUCAUGGAGACUGCUGCGAUACAAAUCCCAUUGGAUUUGUGAGUAUAUUUUUUAGGAUAUUUAUUACCAUUCAUGAGAUAUUGAAAUUGUGCAGAUAAUUCUUUU